GACCCGAAUUGGGUCCAUUUAUCUACACUGGGUACUCGUGGAUUCCACUACGAUUUGAAUCAUUUUCAUGUCGCUGCACAGUUUAUUAUGAAACCAAGUUAAUGAAAUGUAUGGAACUUGAGGCUUGUUGCUGGUUAAGUGAUGGAAUAUUGCGAGGCACAGAGGGGGUUCGGGACAGACUAUUUAUAUAAAUCGAACAAAGUAGCAGAUGGGGUCUGAGGUAAAUAUGCUCGGACACAGUCAGAUGUCUCCAUCAGAAGGAUUCUGCCUUAAUGAGGGUUCUUUCUUUGGAUACCACUAAGGUCUGCUGAACCUGUGGUUGCUGAGGGAGGCUUACUCGUGUUUCCUUGUGGCAUGGAACUGGUUAGAAUGAAGACUGGUGAAGAUACUACAAUUGACCCGCUGAGUGUUCCCAGCGACUUCUGUUUUUAUUUCUUACUCAAAGUGAUCUAGCUUUGUCAGAUGUCAUGGCAGACCAUACGUUACAAGACACAGAUGUUUCCACCUACACUCAGUAUCCCAACCUGUCAUUACCUUCAAUGCAACCGUCCACUACAAUGCCAUCUUAUUACUCAAACAGUUACUACACACAGUACUCUGAGGACUGGUACACUCCAGCAAUGUACGAAGUGAAAAAGCUGUCCUGUGAGAAAAUGUUUAGUAAAGAAACAGAAGAGUGUGACACACCCGUUGCCAAGAAGGCCAGAAUGAACAGUCUCUCUGGGAAAAUGAAAGGGGAAGAACUAUGUGUUGUGUGUGGAGACAAAGCCUCAGGAUAUCACUAUAAUGCACUUACCUGUGAAGGAUGUAAAGGUUUCUUCCGACGCAGCAUCACUAAGAAUGCCUCGUAUAAAUGCAAAACUGGAGGCAACUGUGAGAUGGACAUGUACAUGAGACGCAAAUGUCAAGAAUGUCGACUGAGGAAAUGCAAAGAAGUGGGGAUGCUGGCAGAGUGUCUUUUAACAGAAAUUCAAUGCAAGUCAAAGCGACUGAGGAAAAUCCCACUGAAUUCAGACCAGCCAAGCAAUGAUGCUGUUGACAGUAUUGAUUACAAACAGGUGACCUCCACAACAAAAUACAGCAAGGAGAAAAUAGAACUUACCCAAGAGCAACAGGAUCUCCUGAGGUAUAUCCUUGAUUCUUUUAUCAAAUAUCGCAUCCCUCAAGAGGUGACUAAGAAACUGCUGCAAGAGCGAUGCAAUGCUGAGGAAAAUUUCCUGCUCCUCACAGAAACAGCGACAAGUCAUGUUCAGGUGCUUGUGGAAUUCACCAAAAAAUUACCAGGAUUUCAGGCUCUGGAUCACGAGGAUCAGAUUGCAUUGCUCAAGGGCUCUGCAGUGGAGGCUAUGUUUCUUCGCUCUGCCCAGAUUUUCAGUAAGAAAAUUCCACAUGAGCAAAGUGAACAGAAGCAAAGUGAACUGCUGGAAGACCGAAUUCGCCAUAGCGGGAUUGCAGAAGAAUACAUCACCCCAAUGUUCAAUUUCUACAGAAGCAUUGGAGAGUUGAAGAUGGCACAAGAAGAAUAUGCCCUUUUAACAGCCAUUACAAUUCUUUCACCAGAUCGUUCAUAUGUGAAGCACCGUGAGGCUGUGGAGAGACUUCAGGAGCCUUUGCUGGACAUACUACAGAAGUACUGCAAACUGAACCAUCCUGAUGAUCCUCAGCACUUUGCUCGCCUGCUGGGCAGACUUACUGAACUUAGAACAUUUAACCACCAUCAUGCAGAUAUGCUAAUGUCGUGGAGAAUCAAUGACCAUAAAUUCACACCUCUUCUCUGCGAGAUCUGGGAUGUACAAUGAAGAAUCCAUGUGCAGUUAGUUACAUGACCCAAUAGUAAUUAGACAAAUGCACACACCAAUCUGAGAAUAGACAAAUGCAUCUUUUGUUGUUUUGUAGCUACAUUGACCCAUUGAUUCAGAGAAGCCAAUGUAUCUACAAAAAAACAAAGAUCUAAUAGUUUCUUAAUAAAAGAUAUUUGGCACUUUUUAACUACUUCAUUCAUACCAAUGUAUAAAAUGUCUUGUCAUAUAUAUAUAUAUAAACAUAUAUCAGAUUAUUGGGAGUUUCUGUGAAUUUGUGCCACAUGUUGUGGAGUUUGGCUGUAUAGAUGUUAAUCAAGAAUGGAUUUUAAAGAGGCAACUGGAUAGCAUCUUAAUUUACAAUUGCAUAUAAUUGUGAUUGUUGUGGCAAUCAGCUUUCUCACUGGAAGAGUUUCGUAAGAAACACAUUGACACCUCUAUAAUGGACAUGGGUCAGUUAUUGAAAACCGUUUUCUACUGCGCAGUAGUCUAAAAUCAUCUCCAAAACGUUUUUGGGUAGAAAGUUGAUUAUGUAGAUGAGCAAAAUGUUAUUGUAUUAAACUGAUUCUAAAAAAGACAAAA